AUGAUGUCCUACGAGAUGUUUUUGCAGCACGCCGACCGUGUCGCCGCACUGGCUAAUGUGGAUCUGCUAGUCUGCGAUGAGGGUCAUCGCCUCAAAAAUCUGGGUAUCAAAACGACCACUCUGCUAUCCAAACUACCGGCUAGACGUCGCAUCCUCCUGACGGGGACGCCCGUGCAAAACAACCUAAAUGAGCUCUGGUCAUUGGCCGAAUUCUGUGCGCCGGGCGUCCUCGCGGAUAGCCAAGAGGAGUUCCGCCUGCGUAUAGCGAAUCCGCUUUCACUCGCUCGCAGACCCGUAGACCCCCUAGCGGACGAGGGCGGAUGGGAGGAUGAGGAGGCCGAAGAGGAGAACGCGAAUGUUAUCGAAGCAGCCAGACGGCUCACUACAGCCGUACGGAAAUUCAUGCUGAGGCGUACUGCGGACGCCGUCUGUCGCCGAUUGCCGGGAAAAAGUGAGUUUACUUUUCUGCCAGGCCUGCAGUCAACCGAACCGCGGUGGUGCUAUUUUGCAGCAGCCAACAUGUCCCUUAGCGUCAUGAUGCUUAUUUACUUUUGCCCCACAAAGGGGAUGUUAGACAGGCCUGAACCACCAAAAGAGGGUUAA